GUGCCCACAGUCUGUCAAAUUCAGGUACCCACAACCCCUCCCUCCCUAAAGGUCCGCAGUGUCUGGUCAUCCCCUGUACUGUCCGCAGUCUCUGGUCAUCUGUACUGUCCGCAGUCUCUGGUCAUCCCCUGUACUGUCCGCAGUCUCUGUUCAUCCCCUCUACUGUCCGCAGUCUCUGUUCAUCCCCUGUACUGUCCGCAGUCUCUGGUCAUCCCCUGUACUGUCCGCAGUCUCUGGUCAUCCCCUGUACUGUCCGCAGUCUCUGGUCAUCCCCUGUACUGUCCGCAG